AUGCGUUCAACGAGACAGGUGGGUCCAAUCGAAAACGACCCUGAAAUGCAAGACGCAAUGCUGUUUGCAGCAAAAUUGGAAGGACGGAAUUGGCCCAAUCCCCGGCACGGCGACUGGGCACGAAGCUAUCGGGAGAUACAGCAUAUGAUCGAAGCUGCGCAGUCCAGAAUGGUUGCGAUAAAUAAAGAUAUCAACUCCCAAUAUGAGGAUGUGUUGGCAUGGGUGAAGUCGUCGUUUUCCGAGCAGCUGAAGGAACGUGACGGUGAUCGAGGCUACCAGCCUUGGUCGCAGAUGGAUCGCCUUCUGGACGCGGAGGAAGAUGUGGCCUCGAUACUUGAUGACUGCGAUCAAGAGAUCCAGGCAGAGCACGGAGCCCAGAAACACCAGAUGAACGAGCAGACUCGGGCUCGGGAGAGAUUUUUGAAGGCUCGCAUUGGCCUGCAAGACGCACAGCAGGCAUUGGCCGAUCACUUCGCGAGAUCAAAGCUGAACUAUGCAGGAAUGGUGGCUGACCACAAGAGACGUGUCGACUUGGGAGAAGACCUUCCACCGCCAGACACGCACAUCACUCUGGACGGCCAAAGACGAGCCAAAAGUGUCGCGGCAGCGGAGAGUGAAUACAGCAAAGCGGCAACGAUGGCACUAAGGCUUCGAGCUGUGCGUCGUAAUUCGUCCCGAUUCUCCAGCCAUUCUUCUCACACAGAGCGGUCCGAGAUGCAGGCAUACGGUUACGGCGGCCUCGGCAUGCCCAAAGAUUACUCGAGGAUUGUGAGAUGGCGCGAGCGAGUUCCAGGCGAUGCCGAACUCGAUGACAUUGUAUGGCCUUCAUCGACGCCAUCAAACCGCUCAGAGAGUUCGGAGGACGGCAUGGAUGGUCUUCCCUUUGAGAGGAGAGUGUUUGACCAUCGAACCGUCCGCCAUCUUGAGAAGGCGAGGAAUAUCGCCGCUGAUAAUUUCAAGCAAAUGAUGGAAAACUGGGAUGAAAGGCAAUGGCCAGCUGACAAGCCGAAAGCAGCUCGACCAGACUCUCUUUGUGUUGGACGUAAAAGAAAGCGAGGUGACGAUGAUGUCGAGGACACUGCUGCUGGCGAGGACUCUGACAGUAAUGCUUCUCUCGAAAGCGACGACGAAUCUGGCCGUGCAAUUGCGACCUGA